AUGAAAAACAACACGAUAACCACCUUCAUUCUGUUGGGGCUAACAGAUGACCCUCAACUUCAGGUUCCAAUUUUUCUGCUUCUAUUUUUUGCCUACAUGUUGAGUGUAACUGGGAAUCUGACAAUCAUAUCCCUCACUAUAUUAGAUUCCCACCUUAAAACACCCAUGUACUUUUUUCUACAAAAUUUCUCCAUAUUAGAAAUUUCAUUUACCUCUGCCUGUAUUCCUAGAUAUUUGUACAACAUAGCAACAGGAGACAGGUCCAUUACUUAUAAUAUUUGUAUCAUUCAAGUGUUUUUUACUGAUGUUUUUGGAGUAAUUGAAUUUUUUCUUCUGGCCAUUAUGUCCUAUGAUCGCUAUGUGGCCAUCUGCAAACCCCUGCAUUAUGUAACCAUCAUGAGCAGCAAGGUGUGUCAGAAGCUUGUUCUCUGCUGCUGGCUGGCUGGUCUGCUGAUCAUACUCCCACCACUGACCCUGUUCCUAAAUUUGAGAUUCUGUGAUUUAUUGAUUAUUAUUGAUUAUUUUUUCUGUGACGCAUCUCCUAUCUUGAAGAUCUCAUGCUCAGACACUUGGCUCCUAGAGCAGCUGGUGAUUGUCUGUGCAGUGCUGACCUUCAUUCUGACCCUCGUGUGUGUUGUUCUGUCCUACGGACACAUCAUCAAGACCAUUCUGAGAUUCCCCUCUGCCCAGCAAAGGAAAAAGGCCUUUUCCACCUGUUCUUCUCACAUGAUUGUAGUUUCAAUCACCUACGGAAGCUGUAUUUUCAUUUACAUCAACCCUUCAGCAAAGGAAUCUGUGGCUAUCAAUAAAGGUGUGGCAGUUUUAAUGACAUCAAUUGCUCCCAUGUUGAACCCUUUCAUUUAUACUCUGAGAAAUAAGCAAGUGAGUCAAGCCUUCAGUGAUUCCUUCAAAAAAUUUGCUAUGAUCUCAAUGAAUAAAAAGAAAGCUCAAAUAUAG